AUGGAAGCAGUUGACCAUCCUCGAGAGGAUGCGUCACUGGCACUCGCCCCCUCUCUUUGGACUCGAUCGCUGACGGCUGGAGCCAUUGCCGGUCUGACAGUGGACGUGUCCCUCUUCCCCCUCGAUACCAUCAAAACCAGGUUGCAACAGGCCCGUAAACGCCAAGGAAGCUCCAAUUUGAUAGCCACAAACAAGAGCGGAGCUUCGUCAAUUCGACACACUAUCCGAGGCAUAUAUGCCGGUCUACCUUCCGUGCUCCUCGGGUCUGCCCCCUCGGCUGCAAGCUUCUUUGUUGUAUAUGAUGGGGUAAAGCGGCUCCUCCUCCCUUCUGAAUCGCAGACAGCCCCAUGGUAUCAUGCUCUCUUAACACAUUCGCUUGCCUCGUCUCUUGGAGAAGUAGCGGCUUGCGCAGUAAGAGUACCAACAGAAGUAAUUAAGCAACGGGCGCAAGCUGGAUUAUUCGGGGGCUCAACGCUAUUAGCUCUCAAGGAUAUUCUCUCUUUACGGCACUCCCAACUACCUAAUGGGGCGAGAGGAAAUUGGGUUCUGGUGUUCCGAGAACUGUAUAGAGGAACGGCUAUUACCAUAUCCCGGGAAAUCCCCUUCACUAUCUUACAGUUUACCAUGUGGGAGGGAAUGAAGGGGACAUACGCUUCGUGGAAGCAUCAAUCAGACACAACAGCACCAGUUUCGGCUAUCUCAAGCGCUUUUUUCGGUAGCAUUGCCGGUGCUAUUUCCGCUGGCUUAACCACACCCCUCGAUGUUGUCAAAACCAGAGUCAUGCUGGCUAGAAGGGGUGAAAACGGUACAAAGGUGGGGGGAGUUAGGGUGAGGGAUGUUGUGCAGACAAUUUGGAAGGAAGAAGGUUUCGGUGCAUUUUGGAGAGGAAUUGGUCCUCGUGUUGCUUGGAUUGGGAUUGGUGGCGCUGUGUUCCUUGGAAGCUAUCAACGAGCAUGGAAUUUUCUUGAGAGCAGAAAAGUCCAGGGGGAGCAAGUAACAGAUCUAUAA